GCUUCAUUCAGCACUGGGCUGUCAGGGUGUGGAUUUCCAGCUCACUUCCACCUGAAGCUCACGCUACACUUUCUUCCAUGGCCACGCAAAGCACUGAGGACCCAGCAGCCACGCAGGUGAGCACAGACCCGCAGCCCAGGAGAUGGCCGUGUGAUGGGGACUGUCCUGAGCCUCCAGUAGGGCAGCACAUGGCAGAGGCAUCAUGGGUGCAAAGGGCUCUGCCCAGUGCCUACCGAAGGCUUUCGCCUGCGAGCUCGGAGCCUCAAAUCCAAAGAAAGCCAUCUACAUGCUGUGCCUGGGCAGUCCUCGGCGUUUACCUGCUGCUGCUGACAGCCGGCCAGGGGCUGCUGGCAUACAAAGUUUUUAAGAUGCAGAGAGAGAUACUGAAAUUUCAAGAACAAAAUACCUCCUCUACAGAAGAGAUUGUGGAAAGCUUCUUUCCCAGCAAACUGCAUUUGGAGAGAAACUCUAGAGAGAAGCCCAUGGGAAACAAAGGAGAAGACUGGAGGAGAAGCAUGGAAGAGGAAAUCACUGUAAUUAAAAGCAGCAAUGCAAACCUGAUGAUGAUGAUGAGCAACAUCACCCUGAUUGCAGGGCCUCCUGGACGCCAAGGAUAUCCUGGUCCGCCAGGGAUACAGGGAUUACCAGGGAUAAAGGGAGAAAAAGGAUUCCAAGGCUUACGUGGACUGCCGGGUGAGAAGGGGAGUAAAGGGGAUCCUGGUACUCCUGGCCCACGUGGUGAACCGGGAGUGGGAGGAAAGAAAGGAGAGAUGGGUCUUGCAGGUCCUCAAGGACAGAAAGGUGAAACGGGCAAGAAGGGGUACCCUGGGCCCCCUGGACCAAUGGGUCCUCAAGGACAGCAGGGAGUCCCAGGACUGCCAGGUUUCAAUGGUAGCAUGGGGGAGCCUGGCCGUCCUGGGCAGAAAGGAGAGGCAGGUGUAACCGGACCACAGGGACCUCAGGGAAUUCCUGGAAUCGAAGGCACACCUGGUCAGAAAGGGGAGAAGGGGGACCUGGGCCCCAGUGGUAGUCCAGGCAUUCCAGGACUCAGAGGUGAAAAGGGAGACAAAGAAGUACCAGGGAUCUUAGGUCUUCCAGGGCAAAAAGGAGCAAAGGGAAACCAGGGCCCACCAGGCAGCCUAGGCCUAACUGGUCAAAAAGGAAGCAAGGGUGAUCAUGGCAAUCAGGGUCCAAAAGGAGAACCAGGAGUAAAAGGAGCCAAGGGAGACCAUGGAUUCCCCGGUUCACCAGGAACAAAAGGGAGCAAAGGUGAAAAAGGAGCAGGCAGCUUGAGUCCUUUUGUACGAAUUGCGGGAGGGGGCAGGAGAGGCCGAGUGGAAAUCUUGCACAGGGGGUCCUGGGGAACAAUAUGUGACGAUGGCUGGAGCACCCAAGAUGCCACUGUGGUCUGCCGAAUGCUGGGAUACACCCGUGCGAUAGAUGCCUUCACAGCCACAGCAGGCUCUGGAGAAAUUUGGCUUGAUGACGUGAACUGCAGAGGGCAUGAGUAUUCAAUUUUGGACUGUGAAAAAACAGACUGGGGUGUGAACAACUGCUCGCACAAUGAAGACGCUGGGCUGGAGUGCAUUUGAUGGGACAGAGAGGCUGCCCUGGGAGCCGCUGCCUGCCUCUGCUCUCUAUGUGGCUUUUCUUCAUAACGUGAAUCCAAUUUAAUCAGUCUGUGCUUAUGGUCUCUUUACCAGGUCAUAGUAAUAUUGACAGAGAAAGUUGAAUUUUCCAUAAAUCGAUAAUGGUUUCAAGACCCAUAGGUAACCUGAAACAUUUCAGCUGUCACUAAACAACCAGAGACCUGGCACGUGAGUCAGUUCACAGCUUUUCCAGUUAUGUGACAGCAGCUCAUCUGCAGUAGCUCCCAUGUAUGUGACCUCUGAGUCCACAGAGAAGGAGAGAUGGUCCACUUCAGCUUAGUGCAGUAGGAGAGAACAGGAUCAGUGUGCAGAAACAGACAGCUACUGCAGCUGAGCUGGCUAGUCCAUCUUCAUCACAGUACAGUUGUGAAUCUAAGCCUAAAGCCCUCAGUGAAGUGCAUACAUCCAAGAAAGCAGAUGCUUAGAAAUCAUCAGAUGAUCUUUCUGGCAUGAAAAUAGAAAUGUUCUCCAGAAAUCAUGCUGAUCACAGGUUAAAGUGAAAAAAUAAGUGCCUGGGAUCUAAGUGCCAUACUGUCCUGGUUUAGCACAGACCUUGUUUUUGACCUUGGCCAAGUCCCCUGUCCUAUCUGUCAGUGUUUCCUAACCUGUCCUCAGAAGCAAUACUCCUUACCUUAUCUGUGCAUAAAGCUAAGCAUUUCACACCUUUAGAAAUUAGAUGCUUCAGUAAAGCAAUAGAACAAUGAAUAAAAGUUAUAAUGAGAAAGUAUCAGAUAAUUAAACUUCCAGAGUGAAAAUAUGGACCCCGAACUGUGGGCUUCUACCUUAACUGAAAGUGUUAUAUGUGUCUGAGAUAAUAGCUGAGGGGCUUCUCUUUCUUAAGGAUUUUUUUUUCUUGAGUCUUACCCUUUUCCACCAGCACAGGGCAUCUGGGAGGUGACAAGCAGCCUCUAUCAAUGUGGCAGGGCACUUUGCAGCAACCUUCUUGUGUACAUUUGAUUCCUGGCUUUGGUUUAGAGAAGGCAAGGAUUACUUGCCACAAAUGCUGGUAGUCCUCGUAUUUCGUAGCUGGUGGAAGCAUGAAAAACAGUGGCUUAUCUGCACAAGAAGAGACAAAAGCUUUCUGUUCUGGUAACGAGCCCCAGCAGCACUAAUUCAUGCUAAGCACCAGAGCUUGGGCUAACACAGGUUUCUGCAGGGCUCCCACAGACAGUGCUGAGCCUGCAUGGGUUUCCUUCAUCUUUCUUUGUAUGUCAGUUUGUAAAUAAAAUGUUUGUACUAUUAGGAGA